AUGCCUGACACUAGCAAAGGACCGGAUCCAAUCACUCUCACACUCUUUGCAAAUCGGUUCAUGGGCGUGGCGGAGGCUAUGGGCCGUAUGCUUCAACAAACGGCAAUUAGCACAAAUAUUAAAGAAAGAUUAGACUUUUCUUGUGCUCUCUUUGCGCCUGAUGGAGACUUGGUCGCGAAUGCGCCGUUCAUUCCUAUUCAUUUGGGGGCUAUGAGUUUCGCGGUCAAGUACCAAAUGAAAGUACACGGAAAGAAUCUUAAACCUGGAGAUGUAUUGAUGUCUAAUUCGCCCAGCGCCGGAGGCUCACACUUGCCAGAUAUAACAAUCAUUUCGCCUGUCUUUGAUGAAUCCUCGGGAGAAGUCAUAUUCUUCACCGCUUCGCGAGGACAUCAUGCCGACGUUGGUGGAAUUCUACCCGGCAGUAUGCCUCCAACUUCGGUUUCCAUCUUUGACGAGGGUGCCGAAAUAACGAGUUUCAAGAUUGUGAACGAUGGAGUGUAUGAUCAAGAUGGAUUAAGGGAACUGCUAUUAAUCAAGGAAUACGGUCUUAAAACCGUACACGAAUACAUGCUUCACAUUCGUAACAAUGCUGAACAAUCCGUUCGAAACCUACUAAGAAGCUUCGCAAAGAAACACGGGAACAAGCUCGAGGCCCGGGACUAUUUGGACGAUGGAUCGCCUAUGAACCUCCGUAUUGAAAUCGACGAAGAGUCUGGAAGCGCUUUGUUUGACUUUGAAGGCACUGGUCCUGAAAUCCGAGGAAACCUCAACGCUCCAAUCUCUGUUGUUCACAGCGCGGUGAUCUACUGCAUGCGUUCGAUGCUGGAUGUCGAUAUCCCUCUCAAUGCUGGUUGUCUAGUCCCUAUUAAAAUCAAAAUUCCCGAUUUGUCCUUCUUGCAUCCCUCGAGAACUGCAGCUGUAUGUGCAGGGAAUGUUUUGACCUCUCAGCGCAUCGUAGACGUUGUCUUAAAGGCAUUUAGCGCUUGUGCGGCGAGCCAGGGGUGCACAAAACUUGUCCCCCUCAAAAGUAACUUGACGUUUGGGGUUGGUGGAAAAGAUAAGGAAGGCAAAGUCCAGCAAGGAUGGGGGUACUACGAAACUAUUGCUGGUGGCUCAGGUGCAGGCCCCGGAUGGCACGGCACAUCUGGUAUUCACACGCACAUAACUAACACUCGUAUCGGGGAUGUCGAAAUUCUCGAACGCCGCUACCCCGUUCUGUUGCAUGAGUUUUCGCUGCGCAAGGGCUCUGGUGGGAUUGGAGAGUUCAUAGGCGGAGACGGCGUUAUUAGGGACAUCGAAUUCCUGCACGAAAUGCAAGUUUCCAUUCUAUCAGAGCGCCGGGUACUUCAUCCUUACGGAAUGGCCGGCGGUGGACCUGGUGCAUGCGGGCAAAACAUAUGGAUCAAACAGCCACGAGAAGAGUACGAUCUCCCGACUCUUGAAGCAGGCGAAGAAGAAAAACCUGGUCCGCGGAUGAUUAAUAUCGGAGGGAAGGCUACUGUAUUCAUGGGAAAGGGCGAUCAUUUGGUGAUUCACACCCCUGGAGGAGGUGGAUGGGGAGAACCCAAGGAAGGGGGGAGCGAACUGAAGGAACAGUGGUUGGCACCGGGUGAGAAGGUGGAAUGGGCUGCAAGGGGUAGUUUGGCGGAUCGGGCGGCCCAGCAGUUGGAAUUCUAA